UUCCUGAAUUGUUUACAGCAGUUUUCAGUUACAGUGAGCGAUAGGAGGUUGGAGCUUAAUUCAGGCUAGUGGUUAAACCAUACACAAAAACGAAAGCAAUUGACCCCCGGAAUUUUGUGCUUGUUCAUUUAUUUUAUACAGAAGAUAAUUAAUUCCAAUAGGGUAUUGCAGUUGAGACCAUCAACAUGGUUGUAAUGACAAAAAAGUUAAAGGAGUUUGAGGUCGUGUUCAACGAUCCAGCUAAAAGCUACUCCAGCGGAGAUAAAGUGGCUGGAAAGAUCGUCUUGGAAGUACAGGAACUCACCCAGGUGUCCGCAAUGCGGGUGAUCGGCAUCGGAUGCGCAAAAGUGGAAUACCCGAAAGGCAAACAGCACUGCAAAGAAGAAGUGGAUUACUUGCGCUACGAAGACACGCUCCGUCUGGACGACCAUCCCACAGAAGAGGAUGGCUCCGUUAUUCUGAGGCCUGGCAAAAGAUACGAGUACAUGUUUGGAUUCGAGCUUCCACAGCAAGGACAGCUUGUCUCUUCUUACAAAGGAAAGUUUGGCAGUGUGCAGUAUUACGUCAAGGCCUUUCUUGACAGACCUGGCCAGCCUGCACAGGAGACAAUGAAGAACUUUGAAGUUUUGGAGCCCAUUGAUGUCAACACUCCAGAAUUGAUGUCUCCAGCAGUUGGAACAAAAGGAAAGAAAGUGACCUGCAUGUUCAUCUCUGAUGGUCAGGUGUCUGUUAAUGCUAAGAUUGACAGGAGAGGAUACUGUGAAGGUGAGGAUAUCUGCAUUGAUGCAAAUUUUGAAAAUACCUGUUCUCGCAUCGUCGUUCCAAAAGCAGCCAUUGUUGCCAAACACAUCUACCAGGCCAAUGGACGGAGCAAAGUCCAGAGGCAGAAGCUGUGCUCAGUGCGGGGAAACCACAUCAUUUCAGGCACAUGUGAAGCAUGGAGAGGAAAGACCAUCCGUGUACCAAAAAUCAAGCCUUCCAUCUUGGAUUGCAACAUCAUCCGUGUGGAGUAUGCCCUCAUGGUAUAUGUCCACAUCCCUGGCUCAGAUAAGCUGAUUCUGGAGCUUCCUGUUGUCAUUGGUACCAUUCCUUACAAUGGAUUCAGCAGCCGAAAUAACAGUUUGUGCAGUCAGAGCAGCAGUACAGCUAGCAACAGCUGGACAUCUAUGCCAUCUAGUGGUACAGCUAGCAACAGCUGGACAUCUAUGCCAUCUGCACCUCCAAGCUACAGUGACAUCUCCAACGACUACAGGAUGGAGAGUCCCACCCUUCCACUGCUUGAUGACUAUGAUGGCUGUGAUAGCCCACUUUUCAUGAUGGCUCCUCGAUUCGAGUUCCCACCACCUGCAUAUAAAGAAGUUGAAGAGUUCAAUGGCAAUGUUUCAUAAGCAAAUCACAUCCAAGCCUUGACUGGUCUUUUGAACUUGACACUUCAUCGUACUGAUUUUGCAGAAGCCUGCUUGGCAGAGUUUUGGGCAGGGGCUUGCUGCACGCUGCUUGAGCAGACAGGUCUCUGGUUACAGUGGAGAGUGAGACUGCAGCAUCGGUUUUGGCAUCUUUUCAGAUCUGCUCCAACACUGACAUACUGGCGAGGAGAACAAGCAACCAUAUGCUUAAAGUACUAUUUCUGAUGCAUUGCGUGGCAAAGCACUCCAUUCAGUUUUGAAGAGUGCAACGACAAAAUGAAAAUUAUAUACUUCUAGCUUUAAAGCACUCCAUUCAGUAAUGCAACAGCAAAAUGAAAAUUAUAUACUUCUAGCAUUUCAAUGAUCUUUUCUGGAAAUUGAGAAGAAAUUUUAAGGUGUAUAUGCAUUUCCAUAUUCUGUAAACCCCUUUUUUCAGGGCAUUAGGAGUCUUUUGGGCGCUGCACUAAAUGUGCUGCGGGUUUUUUUUUUUUUUAAGCCGUCCUUUUGUAUCAUUCCAAUUAUGCUCCUUUGUAGAAGUCUGGAAAGACGAUAAGGAUUACUGAUUUGUUUUUCUUUUUAGUCAGAUUAAUGUAUGCAAAAUAAGCUUACCGAUAUUCUACUUUAGCCACUAUCCAAUCAGAAGAGCAAGGGUCCUUUUUUGAGCCUGUUGUAAAUCAGUAUUUUGGUUUUAGUUACUACUGUAUUAAAAGCACUUUUUUUUUUUUUAAACGCAAUAUGCUUUUGAACUGCCUGUGCAAAUUCCACUUUUGGUGGUUUAAUACAAAUGUGUUGAUUGUCAGAGCAUUCUUGGAUUUCACUACAAGUGCCAUAUUUUGUACAUAUUUUUAAACUGCUGUGGCAAAUCAACAGCAAUGCACUUUUCUUAUCUUGUGUUUUUUGUUUGAAAACUCCUGUUAGCACUGCAUUUCAUUCUAAAUUUUAAAAUAUCUUUAUAAAUAAUGGAGUUUGAAUCUGUGAAUUAUUGUAU